GACCCUUGGCAGAAGAUGGCUGUGGAGAGCACGGCCGAGAGCAGCACCGAGAAUGGACAGCAAAUUGUGGAUGAACCUAUGGGAGAAGAUGAUAUCAACCAACAAACUUACAGGCAGAAGUGGAACCUGUUGAGGCUCAAACCUGGGAUGAACCUCUCUUCAAUGCAGGAAUCAGUAACAUCUGCAACAGCCUGUUGCUAUCAGGCAAUCUGCUUAAGUUUCCUGUGCUGAUCUCUCUGUGUCUGACUUGCCUGACAGGAAAUUUUCUAAUUGCCGGAACAGCUGGUCACAGCAAAAACGCCAGGGUUGGUCUUCCCUGCUAGACUUCUGCUCGCUCACUCAGAAAAUCCAAACAUCAUGGUUUCUUAGUCAUGUUUAAGUUUCUGGCUCUGCGUGUUCGCUCUGUUCGGGAAGAAGGAAGUAUCAAAGAAAUUGCAAUAACUCACCAUGUAAAGGAAGGACAUGAGAAAGCAGAUCCUUCACAGUUUGAACUUCUGAAAGUACUAGGACAAGGAUCCUUUGGAAAGGUCUUCCUUGUCAAAAAAAUCUCAGGAUCAGAUGCUAGGCAGCUUUAUGCAAUGAAGGUAUUGAAAAAGGCCACCUUGAAAGUUCGAGAUCGGGUGCGGACAAAAAUGGAACGUGAUAUCCUAGUGGAAGUUAACCAUCCUUUUAUUGUCAAGUUACAUUAUGCUUUUCAAACAGAAGGGAAGCUGUAUCUUAUUUUGGAUUUUCUCAGGGGAGGAGACUUGUUUACACGUUUAUCCAAAGAGGUGAUGUUCACAGAAGACGACGUUAAAUUUUAUCUGGCAGAAUUAGCACUUGCUUUAGACCAUCUACAUAGUCUUGGAAUAAUAUACCGGGACCUAAAACCAGAAAACAUCCUGCUUGAUGAGGAAGGACAUAUCAAAUUGACAGAUUUUGGCUUAAGUAAGGAGUCAAUUGAUCAUGAAAAAAAAGCCUACUCUUUCUGUGGAACAGUGGAAUAUAUGGCACCAGAAGUUGUUAACAGACGAGGCCAUACACAGAGUGCAGACUGGUGGUCUUUUGGUGUUUUAAUGUUUGAAAUGCUCACUGGUACUCUACCUUUCCAAGGGAAAGACAGAAAAGAAACCAUGACUAUGAUUCUCAAGGCCAAACUCGGAAUGCCCCAGUUCUUGAGUCUUGAAGCACAGAGUCUCCUGCGAAUGCUCUUCAAAAGAAACCCAGCAAACAGAUUAGGAGCAGGUCCAGAUGGAGUAGAAGAAAUUAAGAGGCAUGCAUUCUUUUCCAAAAUAGAUUGGAAUAAAUUGUACCGGAGAGAAAUUCAUCCUCCUUUUAAACCUGCAACUGGCAGACCUGAGGAUACAUUUUAUUUUGACCCUGAGUUUACGGCAAAAACUCCAAAAGAUUCGCCUGGUAUUCCACCCAGUGCUAAUGCACAUCAGCUUUUUCGGGGAUUUAGCUUUGUAGCUAUUGCGUCAGAUGAUGAAAGCCAAGCAAUGCAGACAGUUGGAGUGCAUUCAAUUGUCCAGCAGUUGCACAGGAACAGCAUUCAGUUUACUGAUGGAUAUGAAGUGAAGGAAGAUAUUGGAGUUGGCUCUUAUUCUGUCUGCAAGAGAUGUGUUCAUAAAGCUUCAAACAUGGAAUAUGCUGUAAAGAUUAUUGACAAGAGUAAAAGAGAUCCAACAGAAGAGAUUGAAAUCCUGCUGCGCUAUGGACAGCAUCCAAAUAUUAUUACCCUGAAAGAUGUGUAUGAUGAUGGAAAAUAUGUGUAUGUAGUAACAGAACUUAUGAAAGGAGGAGAACUGCUGGAUAAAAUUCUUAGGCAAAAAUUUUUCUCAGAACGAGAAGCUAGUGCUGUUCUGUUCACAAUAACAAAAACGGUUGAGUAUCUCCACACACAAGGGGUUGUUCACAGAGACCUGAAGCCUAGCAAUAUUCUUUACGUUGAUGAAUCUGGUAAUCCAGAAUCAAUUCGAAUUUGUGACUUUGGCUUUGCAAAACAACUGCGAGCGGAAAAUGGUCUUCUGAUGACUCCAUGUUACACAGCAAAUUUUGUUGCACCAGAGGUUUUAAAGAGGCAAGGUUAUGAUGCUGCAUGUGACAUAUGGAGCCUUGGUGUUCUACUUUAUACCAUGCUCACUGGCUACACUCCUUUUGCAAAUGGUCCUGAUGACACCCCAGAGGAGAUUUUGGCCCGAAUAGGAAGUGGGAAGUUCUCCCUCAGCGGUGGUUAUUGGAACAGUGUUUCAGACACAGCUAAGGACCUUGUUUCAAAAAUGCUUCAUGUUGACCCUCAUCAAAGACUGACUGCAGCCCAAGUUCUCAGUCACCCCUGGAUAGUUCACUGUGACCAGUUGCCUCAAUACCAGCUGAACAGGCAGGAUGCUCCCCAUUUAGUGAAGGGUGCAAUGGCAGCAACUUACUCAGCUUUGAAUCGUAAUCAGUCACCAGUUUUGGAGCCAGUUGGCCGUUCUACUCUUGCUCAGAGGAGAGGUAUUAAAAAAAUUACCUCAACAGCCCUGUGAAAUGACCUCAACCGGACACUUGGUACCAUGGCAUAAGAUGAUAGCACAAAUCAUGGCGACAGGUAGCACAUAUCUGACAGAUACCUGCAAGCACACUCUGUCCCAGCUGGUACCUAUAAUGCUGCUGCUCCUGCUGCUGCUACUGCUUUCAUCUACUCUCGCUUUAAACUGUUGAUGGCAAGUUACUGAUCUUACUGGAGCUGCAAAUGGAGUGACAAGUGGAGACAAUGAAAAUUACCAUGUUCGCGACUGAGUAAACCAGAAGAAUUACAAACGCCACCUCUGUCAAAAAUACACUGAAUAAAGCACUCUGCACCACAUAGCAUUAUUUUUAUAAGGAAUAUUUUUUUGUCCCCUAAAAUAUUCUUUGUUACAGGUCGAGAUGGACAGUUUAUGUUAAGCACUUAGCUUAAACAAUCUGUUUAUAUUAGCACUAUACAUUGUGCCAUCCAACAUUUUGUAUGUUUUUGUAAACAGUUCACAUGCAGUACAUUUCUGUGCUGUUUUCUUUAAUGUAUACAUGCCUUGUUUUACUUAGAUAUUAUUAAUCAUUAUGACAAGUAAGUCUGAUUAAACAGUUCAUCUGGAUAAUCAGUAUUGUUGGACAGCUCUAAAAGAAGCCUGACUGUUAAACAGCUAUUGAAUGUAAUACUAUGGAUAAGUAGUUUUCCUUGCCUGUGUCUUUUCUACAUUUCUGUGUUUUUGAUGCCACAUGUCAUGUUAUGAAAUUUAAACAGUGAGUCUCUCACCAUACUAUAUAUCCUUUAGGUAAUGUAACCCAGAGAAAAGAUAACUUGCUCUGUAUCUCACUGUCUUUGUUACCCCUCCCCUCCCUUUUACUCUCUCCCAUCUAAUCUCUGGACUCAGGAAUUAUUGCUAAAUACUUUCUGAUAGAGGACAUUUCUAUAUGGUUUAUUCUUAUAAUCCAUUGUUAAUAUUUUAUCUGUAUUCUAUGACUUUUGUUUAAGCUGCAAAUGAAUUGUUCAGUGAAUGAAUGUUGGCAUUAUAGAAGAGAGGCAACAUUUGAAGAUAAAGCAAAACAUAUUGGUCGUAAUAAGCAGCAGCCUGCAAAGAGUAGAUUUAAACUGCAUUCAUUGCAGUUGCAAAACUGAUGGAUCUAAUGUUCUGUCAGUUACUUUCUGAUAAUUUUAAUUGACUUCAAAAGCAAAAUGAGGGGCAGGACAUAAAGAUCUGUUUGAUUAGAAAAGGGUCAUUCUAAUUUACCAUGAAAAUAGUGUCAUCCCAGACAGGUAAGAUGAAGCCAUUCAGAGGGAACUUUCUCACUUUUCCACAGAUGGAGGUGAGUUGGUAAUGAGGGUGGAAGACUCACUUUAAAUACUGAUACAAACGUUUAAUAUUCUUGGCCUCUUGGUAUCUAAAGUAAUUAAAGGCUCGUCUUGAUGGCUUGUCUUGAAAAGAUGAAAUUUCCCAAAUGAGAAGGGGCACUGGAAUGUGUUUGAAUACAGUGAGUGUUCCAUUCCACCAAAAUUACAGGCUAUGUAAAGUCCUUCCAGAUAUGAAAUGACUCUUGGGAAUUCUAGCUUUAAUAAAAUAUGGAUCUGGGUGAAUGGCUGUUGGUGAACAAUGCCAUUUUGUGUUUUGCAUAAGAAGGUAUUUUGUUGGCUUAGUGGUAUUAACUUUCUUUUACAGUAAUUAAUUGGCUUAUUUCCCUGAAAUCAUAAGUGGUUUGUUGAAAGGAACAAUAAUCUUUAUGACACCACAGAUUUGCUCUGGAUGGGAGUGUUUCUUCUGCCAGAAUUUUUGAGUUCCUUGGGGAAACUUCCUUUACUAGAUCUGCAAAGGAUCCCAGUUUUAUUUGCCUUAAAAUUUUGCUAAAUAUUUAAUCCAUUAUAUUAUUGUGAAGAAACUGGUUUUAUAAACAAGGAUUUUUAAAUUAGCCUAGCUCCCAGAAAUUUGAAAACACAGCUCUUCCCAAGCAAACAGUAUUUUUCCCUUACUUGGUGCUCUGACAUUGAAGAUCCCUUUAGCUGUACAGAUGCAUCUACCCUUCCUUCAAGGAACAUUUUUAAGUAGAAGAAGAAAAAUGGAAAAAUGCCAUCUUUUUUUUUUUCUUUUUUUUUUUUUAAUGUCAGCAGCUCCAGAGGAAUUUAUUAAAACCUUACCUCUCAAAAAAUGUAUUUUUCAGCUCUGUGAGCAAAUUUAAAUCAGGCUUCUCAAAAUCUGGAAACUGUACUUUCUGGUGGCUUUUAAGGUGUUAAUUAGAAGAUUGUCAUAUCUAGUCAACCAAAUUGUUUAAAUGCUGUUGAAAUAGAAGGAUGGCAGUACUUGCCAGUGUGUCAGUAAUAACAUUUCACUUCAGGAAGGAGUUCCUACUCUGUUCAGUGUGUGUAUAUAGGUACCUGGCAAAGAACAGACCAAAAAGAGGAAGUGUUAAGCUGCCUCACUAUUGGCAAUAUCCAUAUUAAAAUAAUAUAAAAAUACUUUCAGUAGUUUUAUUGUAGCCUUAUUUUAUUGUUCUCAAGCUCAUUAGCCAAAUAGUGAAGCAAAGUCAAUUCCUGCAUUUUAUGUAUCUACACUCUCAAGUGAGCUGUUAAUUUACUCUAGACUUUACAAAUGUUGCUAUUAAGUUGUGUAUAUAUAUGAGCAGAGGAUGAACAUUUUAAAUUGUAGCAAAAGAGGAAAAUUUAGCACACCCUAAGCUGAAUGUGUUGAAGUCUAGAUCCACUAUAUUUUCAAGUUACUUUCUAAACCAAGGUAUAAAGGGCCUGCUAAAUCAGGGAGGUGUAUUUUACAGCCAGGCAUGGUUUAUGUACCUUACUUCCUGGUUUGGAUCCAUGUUCAUGACUUCCACUUUUUUUUUAAUGUUUUUAUAGCUGCAGUUAUUAUAACCUGUAAAGAAAUCCACAUAAUGCUUCUCUGAGUCUCAGCACUUUUCUGUUAGAAUGUGAGUUUAUGGCACACUGUGUACAUGCAUUGCUGGACUGCUGCUUGAUCUGCAAAGCAUAGCAAGUGACUCAGAGUCAUAGAGGAUAAAAAAGAGAACGCAGAUCCAGGUGAAUUUUUCUAUGUGUUGACCAUGGUUUGUUUUUAAUUUUUUUAGUGUGAAAUUACCAUUUACUGUGCUUGAGAGCAUGAGAGAACAGAGGGAAGAGUGAAGUUGCAAUACCCAUUAAAUGCCAUCUGUGUCCAGUAAUGGCAAAGUUCUGUGUUCAUUAUCACUAUAACAUUGAGUAAAACUUAAAAGGAGUUUUUCAAGAAAAUAGUUAAAGCUCUUCUCUGAAGAGACAAGGCCAUAAGAAAAUAGAUUUACAUGUCUGGGAUUUUUGUGUGUGUGUGUGUUUUGCUUUUGUAAAUGUGGUGUUACCAACUAAAGCUGUGCUUUUCUAUUACUGGAAGGAAAGGAUUCAAAGUGUGCUGGCCCUUACUAAGCAGCAGUGGUUAAUAGAUGAAUUUUCACUUAUGAAAAUGAUGUAAAUGAUUAGCUUUAUCUUGAUACUCUUGACCUAAUCAAAGGGAAGGUGUACUUAUGAGGGAUGUAAUUAUUUUGCAACCUAGUUGGGGGGGAUGUCUACUUAAACAAUUUUUAAAAAAUUACAAAAUCACAGAUAAAAUAUUUUUCUACGAUUCUAUACAAUCAUACUUUAUACUAGUUUUCUCAGCAUGGCAUGUGAGUCUAAGGUACUGUUCCAGGAAAUCAGUGGUAUUGUACCUUGUUCUAGACCAUUACAAUAGCAUCUGUUAGAUGCUUGGCACUGCUGUCAUAGAACUGAAAUGCUAGUUAAAAAAAAAUUAAUUGUACUGAAUACUUUAAAUGAUUGUUUUAUUCAGAGUCUGAUCUAAGAGAUGUUCCAAUCAUGCUAUUAAUGUGUAAUUAAAACUGUUCCAGAUGUAACUAUGAACAGUUUUGGAAAGUAUCAUUGCUUGUUUUCCUGUCUAAUGGCAGGUUUUGUAGUCUUCAAAAGAAAUUGAAAUUUCUACUAUGAAUAAACUUUCAAACAUC